AGACGUGAAAGCAGCUGGCUGGGUGUGAAAACGUAAACACUAGCCAUCACCAAUUCAUAACAAAAACCUCGCAGUGCAAUACGUUAGCCUCCCGAAUUUUGAGCAGCCAUUUGUGUGCUUAUGGUCGAAAUUGUUCGCAAUCGAGUAGUCAAAAUGAUGAAGUGCUGAGAUUGUAUAGAAUUUGGGACUCACCAUCGGGAGGGUGACAAGCUUCCCACCCAUAUCGAAGCGCACAAUCGGAACAAGAGUACCAACCAACUUGUUUAAUAAUAAGCUACAUUGCACCUGCAGCAGGGAAACACGAACGGGUAGCAGAAUGAUUACACUGACCAGGAAGAAGAAGGAUGCAAGUAACUCGGCGGCGGAUUCUAGCAAGCGAAUUUCCAUCCGAGAGUUUCUCCUCGUUAAGGAAGUGCAAGAAUUGGACCAGAACCUGCCGAACACUUGCAAGAUCACCUUCCAGGAUCCGAACGUGUUGAGUGAAUUCACGCUGGUCAUCACACCGAACGAGGGCUUCUGGCAGGGUGGUAGAUUUAAGUUCGUCCUUUUCGUCCCCGAGGAGUAUAACAUGGCGCCACCGAAGGUGAAAUGCGUUACGAAACUGUGGCAUCCCAAUAUAUCCGUCGAGGGAGAUAUCUGCCUAUCGUUGCUGCGAUUGAAUUCAAUAGAUGGCCUUGGGUGGGCUCCCACUCGGCGGCUGAAGGAUGUCAUAUGGGGACUGAAUUCUCUGUUCACGGACCUCUUGAAUUUCGAAGAUCCACUGAACAUUGAGGCGGCGGAGCAAUUCGCCAGGGAUAAGGACAAAUUCCAGGCGAAAGUUCGAGAGUACGUAGCAACGUACGCCCGGAGAUAAUCGAUUCAGCCCGGGCGUACCGAAAAAAAUAGCGACAACAAAAAACGGACAGAGGUGUGAUAUGCAGCGGCGCAUAAACGUGCGUAAAAAAGCGUGAAUAAUUUUAUGGGUGAUUGGCUAUUCACGUUUUACGUUUUUCUGAGUAGUCGUGAUAUUUGUUGUAAUUAUUUUCGAACACUUGCUGGUUGGUUGUAAAUUUCAUCGAGUAUCGUUUGUUGGAAACAUCUUUUUUACAUCUUGACAAAAUGGGCAAUGUUGUACGAUUUCGUCGUCGUGAGUUUCUAGAACAACUUAUUUUUGUACUCGUGGCAAAUUUUUAAAACGGUGGCAUUUGAUUACAUUUAUUUUUAUCAAAUGACAUUACAAAAAUAAAAAAAAAUAUUUGAGUAUAUUUUUAUUUUUGUUUCUGUAAUUAGUGUCUUCAUACCGGUCUAAUUUAAUAAACGAUGAUAAGUUAUGAGA